UUCCGCUAUCGGGUGCUCUGAGUUCGACUGUGCAUGUCUGCUCAGGCUGAACAAUGGAUACACACACACACACACACACACACACACGUGGUCCCACCGGUAACAGUGUCUGUAAUUCCUGGAGGUGAUGAUGGGUUUUAAACAGAAGCGAGGCUCCUCUGUGUCGUUGUGUGAUGUGGUGUGUAAGAAGUUGAAGGUGAAUGGAGAACAUGAUGAUCCCCUACAGGAUGAGGAACCUCCCGGUCUCUCUCGUCCUGCUGAUCAGCUCUGUGGCACGAUCAGUGUGAAGGACGUGUCUGACUUACUGCAGUACAUCACGCUGAGGAAACACCAUGAUGUGAAGAAACCCAGAUGGUGUCAUCUCCAUCAGGAGGACAGGGUGGAGAAGGUGCACAUGGUUGUGCUGGAGGGCGUGUCCCAGCUCCACUUCUACACGUACUAUUCACAGUUUAAACAUCUUCGCUCCAAGUACACUACUAGAUGUACCUUAGCGCCCCCUUCAGGUGACCUCCUGUCUGAUCUGUUCGACACGGAACUCUCGGCUCCUGAUGUCUCAUUUGUGUCUGGAUCAGAGCUCCACACAGCGCCACCUGCAGCCUAUGUGUGCAGUCACCCAGUGGUCCGGCACUAUGGGAUGAAGAUGAAGGGGAUGAGCAGCUACCUGCUGACUGAGCAGGAGAGGAUUAAAAAGAACUUUCCUGUAAAAGGUGGGCGGGGCUUUGAGUCGUUUGUCUGCACACAGACUGAUGAUCAUGUGACCGACUGCAGCCCUCUGUACGGUCUGGACUGUGAGAUGUGUAUCACACAGCAAGGUCCGGAGUUGACCCGUGUUGCCAUGGUGACCAGCAGUGGGCAGUGUGUAUUAGACGAGCUGGUCAAACCAUUUAACACCAUCAUCAACUACUGCACCAGGUUCUCAGGGAUCACACGCUCCAUGCUGAAGAACGUAACCACAAGACUUCAUGAUGUCCAGAGGAAACUCCUGACUCUGUUGCCACCAAACGCGGUGCUGGUCGGACACUCACUUGAACACGACCUGCACGCCCUCAGACUGAUCCACCCACACGUAAUAGACACAUCAGUGCUUUACCGCAGAGAGUUUGGACAGAAAUUCAAGCUGAAACUUUUAGCCGAUGUCAUUCUGAAGAGAGAGAUUCAGAGUGAACAGAACAGGGGUCAUGACCCAUGUGAGGAUGCAUGUGCUGCACUGGACCUCGCUCACUAUUUCAUUAACAAGGGACCAAGACAGGUUGUUGAAUGCCAUCUUCAGGAUCUUUGGGGAACUGAACCUUCUCCUGUAAAUGAAGUUCUGAUUGAAUCAAUAAACAAACACACUGCUAGGUCUUUCCUGUUUGGACACGCCCUCCAUAAGGCCGGUGUACCAGCUCUGGUUCUUGGCCAAUCAGAUUUUCUUAACAGUGUCUCCUCCAAUCAUCUGUGGCGUAGACAUUACUCUAACUCUGAUAAAGAGUGUGUAAGUGUGUUUCAGCGUGUGUGUGAGUCUUACACUCUCAGUUUGGUCCAAUUCUCAUCUCUGUCAGAACAUCUAAGGAAACAUCCAACAGGAGAAAAAUACACACUGCAACAGAUGGCAUUGAGGUUGAAACUGAUGUGUGUCGUGUUUGUUGGACCGUUACCACACACUUACACAGAGAAGAACAUACACACACUGCUGAAGCCCUACGGUCCACUGCGCUCAGUCAGACUACUGUACAGUACACACACGCUGCAUGCUGUAGUGGAGUUUCAGCAUUUAGAAGGAGCUCAUCUCGCUAUGCAGACCCACUCCAGUCUCCAUAUACAGGACACCACGAUCAAGCUGCAGCGUCCAGUUAGUGCACUGACUCUGGAUCUGGAAUUAUUCCUUGCUGAACUACAAAAUGACCUCCAGAACAGUAACGUGGUCUACGUCGGCCGGUCGUCACGACGACACCAUCACCAGGAUGACCUCCUAAAGGCUUUCAGUGCAUUUGGUUCGGUUUAUGACAUCACACCUGCCGAGGCUUCUGAAAAACGUCAACGACACACACGCUUCAAGUUUGUCCGCUCUGACAGUGUAGGUGUUGCCCUCGACUCCGGAGUCCAGGUGGGAAACAGGAAGUUACACCUGUGUCGCUCUCUCACACCCUCUCACAUGCACAGCUGGACACACACACACCCUGUUACCAUGAUGACACACAGAGAUACAGCACAGUCAGAGGAGUGGACAGUAAGUGAGGGGGCAGAGCCUGCAGGUCUCGCCUGUGCACAGGAUGGAGAGAUGCAGGCUGUAAUGAGAAGACUGGACAGGAGAGUGGGGAAAAUGUUCAGGACCAUGGAGAGAUGCACUCAGCAUAGUCAUCCUCCCAGGGGUUAUACGCGAUGGAGUGGAAUACCCUGGCCUCUGUUUCCUUCAGGUGAAGCAGGUCUAGGUUACCAGACCUCACCUCAGGAUCACCACAGCAACCAGACCUCAGUCCAUGAACUUGAUUUCAGUGUGUGUAGUUGCAGGUUAUAGUGUGAUAUUCAUUUAUACACACUGAACUUGAAACAAAACUGGACUGAUUAUAGACCUGUUCGUUCGUUCUCUCUCUCUCUCUCACACUCACACACACAGAGAGAGAGAUAGAUAGAUACUGUUAAAUGAAUAGAAUAUUGUUAAUGUAAUCAGUUUUUGUAUGCAAAUGACAUUUUAAGGUUUUUAUGAUUAAAUCUGUCCUGGAAAAGUCUUAUAUAAAAUAAUCAAGGAUAAA